GUUAAAGGUUGUGAUGUCUUCAGUGUGCAGAGCAUCUCCAUACCACAACUAUAAGAAACCUCAUAAUCGUACCAGGACUUGUCUCUAUAAAAAGCCGCUGAGCGCGCGCAGCAGCUCAGACCUCCUCUCCGCUCAGGUGCGUCCAGCUGACAGAGACGCGCGUCAUGAUGGAGCACACAUUCCGGGAGCAGCUCUUCUUUCUGGUGCUGAGUCUGUCUGUGCUCAAAGGAGACUCCAGAUACAUCGAGCAGAAUAAUGAGAUCUCCAAAGAUGAUUUAUUUUCAUUUUUCAACCCGGAACUGAAGAGAGAAACACCCGAGGAGUUAAUGUACCGCCGACCUCUACGUUGUCUGGACAUGGUUGCAGUAGAAGGUCAGUUCACCUUCACAGCCGAGCGCCCUCAGCUCAGCUGUGCAGCUUUCUUCAUGGCAGAGCCCAACGAAGUCAUCAGUGUGGAUUAUGACAAUGUGGACAUCGACUGCAGCGGGGGAGACUUCAUCACGGUGUUUGAUGGCUGGGUGAUGAAGGGAGAGAAGUUCCCCAGCUCUCAGGAUCACCCUCUGCCGGUGUAUGAGCGUUACGUGGAUUACUGUGACUCAGGAUCAGUGAGGAGAACCGUGCGCUCCUCCCAGAACGUGGCCAUGGUCUUCUUUCGGAUUCACAACGCCGGCAGCAGCUUCACCCUGACAGUCAGGAAACACAUCAAUCCUUUCCCCUGUAAUGUCAUCUCCCAGUCACCAGAGGGCAGUUACACAAUGGUGAUCCCACAGCAGCACAGGAACUGCAGCUUCUCCAUCAUAUAUCCAGUCGAGAUCGACGUCUCUGAGUUCAGCCUGGGACACAUGCACAACUUUCCCAAGAGGUCCUUGCCCGGCUGUGCAGAAUCAGGAGACUUUGUUCAGCUGCUGGGAGGAAACGGCAUCGACACAUCGAAGCUGCUGCCCAUCACAGACCUCUGCAUCUCCUUCACCGGACCCACUCACAUGAAGAUCGGCUGUGACAACACGGUGGUGAGGAUGGUCUCCAGCGGGAAGUUUGUCAGCCGAGUGUCUUUCAGCUACAGGCUGCUGGACAGCCAGGAGCUGCAGACGAUCAAACUCAACAACGUGGAGGAUUUCUGUUUCAACAACUGAUCCAGGAUCGUAAAGAGACUGAAGUGUCAUGUGACUGCAAUUAUUUUACUGAAAACAAGAGAUCACCUGGUCAGUCCAUCCGGUUCAAACGUCCACAAUCCAAAGACAUAAAAAUAAAGGUGUAUUAAAUAAAUCCAUUCACAGUGAUGACGUUACAGACUCCAAAACUCACCCGACGUUUGAUUCAUUGGUUUCUGCUUCUCCGUCGUUGGACUCAUCGUCCGCCGCCUCAUAAAGCUCAAUGAAGUGUCCUUUGUGUUUGGUGGAUCGCUGUCGUUGUUUAUGUUUUUCAUGUACGGGUUGGUGGUCGACAUUCUUGCAGAGGAAUGGUGCUAAAACGAAUGUUCAACCUGCUGUUUCUUUCGCUGAAUGAUGACAUGAUGUGAUGAGUCAUUUCCUGCCACACCACAGAGGAAGAGGCGAUGUGUGUUCAAUAAAUUAAUACGUGUUCAUCGCCAUUAAGCUGUUAAAUUUGUAUAAAAACCUUUUUGUAAUAAAAUUAUUCUGCAUGAUAAAGCACUCA